GGUGCGUGCCCCCUUCGAAAGUUAUAGGCAGCGCAAUGUCACACAAGGCACCACAACAAUGGCGCUCAAGAUACGUGGCGCUACUGAAGAAAGGCCAUCUCAGGGUGGCUUGCCAUCCACGCCAUCUCGGUCGCGUCUGUGCAACACGGCUGCAGAGGGAGGCUCCAUGGAACGUGGCGGAGGUGAGGGGGCCCAGCAAGAAGCGCGCAUGGCAAGUGGGGGGGCGGUCGAUGGUGCAGCCGCUGGGUCUUCGGGCACUGUUGCUGCUGUGGCGAGACCGAGAGAGGAGGUCCCUGUUGUGGAGUGGGAGGUGCCACUCGGCGACAACAAGGGUGAUAGGGCGGAUGAGGAACCCCUUUUAAGCCGGGUUCGGAGGGGAGGGAUGGCGAAAGAUCUCGCCGAGCAUGCCCGCCUGUGGGUUGAUGACAAAGCGUUCUGGACGACGGGGGAGGGGAGAACACUGUACAACAUCGUCCACGAAAGGGAGUACUUUGUUGCCAUCGUCGAUGUAGACAGGUGCGUAAUGUUCAUGUUGCACCUGCCUGAAGAAAAGAGGAAGGAGGUUCUCGAGAGGGUCCCUAGAGACUCUGCGAAUUUCRAUAGAGUCGCCGAGGUGGUCUUCACGGGAGGAGGGGUAGAUGUGCGAGAGUACAUGAAGGAGAGUCUGGACACGACACUCCGGAGUAUGCGUACUCAAAGGAACGGCGGUCCUCACGGGAAUGAGAGGCAGUCUCAGGCGCCUCCYGGGCCACGCUGGGGAGGCGGACCCACGGGUURGAGGAACGAACCCGGUAAGCAAGGAAACUGGAGAAACRAGCAAGAAACUGCAGGGAACCGGGUCUCGGGGUGGGGGAAUUCCGGUUGGAAGGAUGCGAGGGAUGGAAGGUGGRAAGACCCUCCCCAACCUAGGGCCGCGGGGUCUCRCCCCGAGGUAAGUCAGGCAAGAGYGYCUCUGCCGCYUGGUUCUCCAACGACCGUGGGGGCGGCACCUCAAGUGGCCCCUCACGCGAGCAAUCCGACACCUUGGAGCGGGUGUGUCUACUGCAAUGAAGAAGGUCACAUCAAGCGGGAGUUCCCUCACCUUACGGAAACCCUAAGAUUAGGGGUGGUAAAAUUAAAUGAGAAUAAGUGGGUUGUGUGGGAAGAUGAUGGGGAAACGGUCUCCUUCUAUCCCUCGAUGAAGGUAAAUGUGGACAAAAGGAUAGCCCUUCAGGAGGCGAGACUUGGGAAGAAGCCUGAGGUCGGUGGUACCUCCAGCUCCUCCCGCAUCCAAAUGACGGAGGCACCAAGAGGCGUAUCCAUAAGGGAGCCGCAGGUGUCUAGCAUCAGAUUUGUUGAGACCAAUCCUGAAGAAGAGGGACCGUGCCUAAGGGUAAGGACCCAAGUUGGGGCCGGGCCGUCUAAGAACAAGAAGAUCGCAACAGAAGGCGGGGGGAGAAGGAGUGGUGACGACGACCAACCGAUGGUCGACGCCAAAGCCACGGAAAAGAGGAAAGGGGAAAAGCCCACGUCACCAAAAUUCCCUAGGAAGAAAGGACCAAAGAAGUUCGAGAUGAAGUGCACCUUGGAUGAAAUAGACACGGUUGCACCCCUGCGGAGAACUUUUAUGCAGCCAAUGCAAUGCACCCUUCUAGAGUACUUAGCGGCAAGCAAGAGCGCUAGGGAUGAGCUCCUGAGCAUUACCAAGAAGGUGAGGAUUCCGCUCACCGGAGGACCUACACUUCCUGGGGAUGGACCCGCCAAGGAGGAGGUGCAGUCUUCUCGAAUUAUGAUGCAAGAGCUGCCGGCUAGUUUCUUCUCAGAAUAAGAGACUAAGAAAUUUUAUGUGCUUGGGAGUGGUCAGCUCCAAGCCGUGGUGAG